AGGGGACUGGAAGAUACACACGUGUACCGUCAACGAAGCCGUUGUCGCAAAAUAGUCGCCGCAAUCCUAUGAGCGGGUGUAGUCAAUAGCGAUGCGUGUCAUAUGCUACGGUCAUGUGAUCUGUCAUCAACAACAGGACAAUUCAACAUGGCGGCGAGUACGUCUGUCUUCCACAGAGUGAGAACUGGGUCGAAAAUAGGAGCCCAAUAUGACCAAGAAGGCAACCUCAUUCAGGUGGAAACCAGAGAGGAUGAAGAACAGAGCGUCAAGCUGGCUGAGAUCCUGGAGCUCCUGCUGGCAGCUGGAUACUUCAGAGCUAGAAUAAAAGGACUGUCACCUUUUGAUAAGGUGGUUGGGGGUAUGACCUGGUGCAUCACUACAUGUAACUUUGACAUUGAUGUGGAUCUUCUUUUCCAAGAAAACUCAACCAUUGGUCAGAAAAUAGCCCUUACAGAGAAAAUAGUUUCUGUUCUACCAAAGAUGAAGUGCCCCCAUCGCCUGGAGCCUCAUCAAAUCCAAGGGCUGGAUUUUAUCCACAUUUUUCCAGUAAUACAAUGGCUGGUGAAGCGAGCCAUAGAAACAAGGGAAGAGAUGGGUGACUAUGUGAGAGCAUACUCCAUUUCUCAGUUCCAGAAGACCCACAGUCUACCUGAGGAUGAAGAGUUUCUCCAUAGGAAAGAUAAAGCUGUGAAGGCAGUUCUGGAUGUACUGAAUGUGUACAAACCACAGAGAAAGUACAGGAGGCAGAGGGAUGCAGGCCAGCUGCUGGAUGAGGAGUCCAGGGUUCACUCCACUCUGCUGGAAUAUGGCAGAAUGUCAGAUUUCCUUCUGCGAUAUGGAUUCAGCAAGCAGUCCAAACAAGACAAGGUGGAUGCAGGGAAGGCUUUAAUGGACAGUGGCUCUCAGUUGGUGCCUUCUGGAAUGGCAGAGAUGUCAGAGGAAGAGGACCUGCAGGCAGCUGAAGAGAUGCGAAUUAAAACCCUGAUGACCAGCAUGGCUGCUAUGGCAAAUGAAGAGGGGAAACUGACAGCAAGUGCAGUGGGUCAGAUAGUGGGACUGCAGUCUGAGGAGAUCAAACAGAUGGCUUCUGAGUACGCUGAGAAGCAGUCGGAGCUGACCUCAGAGGAGCGUUCAGAACGCUAUGGCCCGCUUCAGCAUCAUCGCAGGGCAGUCACCUCGCUCAGCAAACAGAUCCAGCAGAAAACUAAAGAACUGGAGGAGCUACAAGCCAAGCAUGCAGAAGUGAAGACAGGCUGUGACGAGGCCAAGAGAAAACUGGUGGAGGCUACAGACCACUCAGAGAAACUGGAUAAAGAGUUGAAGUCUUUAGAAGAGAUGGAGGAGCAGGCUGACAGUGGCUUGUUGGAGAAGCUGAGGGCCCUGGUAACAAUGAAUGAGAACCUGAAGCGGCAGGAGCAGGAGUUCCGCACACACUGCAGAGAAGAGAUGGUCCGUUUGCAGCAGAACAUUGAGGAGCUGAAGAUGGCAUCAGGGCAGGAUACAGAGGAGGAGAGGGAGAGGAACCAGCUGAUAGACAAACAGUACAACACAGACAGAGAGAAACUACAGAAAAUCCGUCUGCUCAUGGCUCGGAGGAAUCGCGAGAUCGCCAUCCUGCAGAGGAAGAUUGAUGAGGUGCCAAGCCGGGCCGAGUUGACUCAGUACCAGAAGAGAUUCAUCGAACUUUACAGCCAAGUUUCUGCAACACACAAAGAGACCAAGCAGUUCUUCACUCUGUAUAAUACAUUAGAUGACAAGAAGGUUUAUUUGGAGAAAGAGGUGAAUCUGCUAAAUUCCAUUCACGACAACUUCCAGCAGGCCAUGUCAUCUGCAGCAGCCAAGGAGCAGUUCCUCAGACAGAUGGAGCAAAUUGUGGAGGGAAUCAAACAGAGCCGCAUUAAGAUGGAGAAGAAGAAGCAGGAGAACAAAAUGAGGAGAGAUCAGUUGAACGAUGAAUACCUGGAGCUGCUUGAUAAGCAGAGGCUCUACUUCAAAACUGUCAAGGACUUUAAAGAGGAGUGUCGGAAGAAUGAAAUGCUGCUGUCCAAGCUGAGAACUAAAGGAGCCUCUUAGCCCUGAUAGUACUGUUCGUAAACAGUUUUUGAUAGAAACUAAAUAUGUCAUUGUACUGAGUUAAACUGAUCAUAGAUAAAAUGUAUAUGUUUUUUUUUUUUUUUUUCAACAUUCCAAAAUUCAUCAUUCUUCUUUAUGGUUGACAGACUUGUAAACCAGCUCUUAAAACUUGCAUCUAAAAUCUUGUGAGAAGAGUCCUGGACGUUAUAUUUACACCAUGCCAGUUACAUGUGUCAAAUCCCGGUGACUGAAAAAAUAAAAAUACCUUUAACUGAUCAAGUCAAAAAAAGCUGUUUUAGGGGCUAUUUGUAAGUUUUCUCUGCUACUGAAUGUGGUUUCUUACCAGGAGGUGGUGGUGAUGGUCACUUUCCGAGAGCUUCAGCCAUUGUUGUGUUUACAAUACAAGAGAUUAGAAUACACCCUCUGAGUAGCAUAACUUCUUAAAAGCAGCCUGGACGCUUCUGUGAGUUGCUAUCAAAAAUGAUGAGAUGGGCCGGUCAAGCCACGGCUAGCUGCUUAGCAUGAAUAGAACGCAAGAGGUGGUGGAACUAGAGCAAAGCAUCGCUGUUGUUUUCCACUGCUGGGGACAGCUCUUUGCAAGUAAGCAAGUAAACUGAUAUUAAUGUUAACGUUGGCUUCGUAGUGAUAGCAAAAUGUACAAAGAGCUCUUUUAAGAGCUUCACAUAUUUUGACAUGGCCUUCAGGUGUCGUGUGAAAACAGCCUCUGGAACAACCACAGUGAUCACAAAUUAACAACCAAAUUCUUGACAUCUAGUCAGCCACUUCCUUUCAAAAAUGUGCUGAAUUUCAAAAUGAACAAUGUGUAGGAGCCUCGUAACAAUCCUCUAAAUCAUGGCAAUUACAACUUCAAAUCCAAUCUUAAUUAACAUUUUACACUUUUAAAGCUGUACCAGGCAGCUGCUUUAACUGUAAGAAAUACACCCAUGUCUUUUAUGUUGAUCAUAAAAUGGGCUACAGAGAAAAAAGCCUCAUAUCCACUAAAAGUGCCUUAACAUGUGGUGUAUUUACUGAUGUUACAUAAGAGGAUUUUUAUCAAUUUAAGUCCUCAAAUUUCAUCAUAACAAGUGUCUUGGUGCAGCUUUAAAAACUGCUCUUUGUAUGUAAAGUUAUUUUACAAUGACACUUGUUAUGUACCUCUGAAGUUUGAGCUCAUAUCAUGUCUUAUGUCUGCCUGUCACUAUCCAGUGACCAUGUAUGUUCAGUGCUUUAUGAAUAAAAUAAUCUAUUAAGAAUUUAAA